AUGAGAUCUCCCGCGGCGUCUCCUCUGUCGCCAACAGCCGCCGCCGCUGCUGCCGCAGCGCUGCGCCAGAUCCCCGUCGUGUGUCCAGGCCACUCGCGGCCUCUGACUGAACUUCACUAUAGCCACAACGCGUCGACGCUGCUCCUCUCGGCUUGCCACGACAAGUUGCCGAUGCUGCGACACGGCGGUUCCGGCGACUGGAUUGGCACGUUUGAAGGCCACAAGGGCGCAGUUUGGAGCGCAAAGCUGGACAACGAGGCUGCGUUUGCUGCGACAGGGAGCGCCGACUUCUCGGUCAAGAUCUGGGACGCGUGCACGGGCGACGUCGUAACGACGCUCGAGCACAAGCACGUGGUCAAGAGCGUGGCGUUCACACGAGACGAUACGCGGCUGGUUACUGCCGGCCACGAGAAGCUCGUGCGUGUGUUUGAUAUCACACAAGUCAAGGAGCAACUCAAGCAGUUACAGACCGAAGGUGGGGGCGUUAUAGAGCCACCGCAGCCGCUUGGAGAGAUGCAGACGGGUCAACACAUUCGGAAAGUGGUGGUGAUUAGCAACGAUGCGGCUGUGACAGGGGAAGUAGACGGCACGCUGACGGUCUGGGACUUGGAGACAUUUACGCAGAAACGCCAGUUUACUGUUGAUGCUGGGGUGAUGGAUAUGGAGGUAUCACGGGAGGGCAAGGUGCUGACCGUAGCGGCUGGCAAACAGGUGUAUUUCUACAACGUUGACGAGGACUUUGCACUUUUGCGUUCGUUUGCCAUGCCCAUUUCGUUUGCAGAGGAGGGAGGGGCGUCGUUGCAUCCAAGCGAAAACAAGUUCGUUGCAGGUGGGUCUGACACGUGGGUGCGAGUGUUUGACUUUAAGUCAGGAGAGCUGCUCGAGACGCACAAGGGACACCACGGACCGGUGCGAUGUUUGCGAUACUCGCCAUUGGGCGAUUCCUUUGCGACAGGCUCGGAAGAUGGCACAAUCCGUAUUUGGCAGAACGAUUCUACAUCUGCAGCUGCGACGUCCAUCGCAGACUCGGUCAGUGGUUUGAGUUGA